CGAAAAGCUGUAAGCGUUCGAUAUCAUCAACAAGAAAACCGCGGCAAAAACAACAAGACUUUUUUUUGUGUUCUGCAAACAUUUAUUUUAGUUUUUCUUUCAUUUAUUAAUUUGCUAGUGUAAUAAAUAAUUUAACAUAAUGAGUACCACACCAUCUAAAGUCCAAACAGCUGGUGGCGAAUAUAAAACACCCAAGAAGCAAACGGCAAUAAGAGGACGUCGAAAAUCUGUCAGUUUGAAAUCAAUUGAGAAUCUAACAAAUUCAGAAGAAUCGAGCGCCGCCGAAGUGGAAGAGCAGCAACCCACAACACGACGCUCGGCACGCAAACCAAGCCCCACCAAGAAGUAUCAAGCCUUUAAGGAUGCCACUGCAGGAGAACGUAUUGUUGUCAAUUAUGUGGAAGCCUCGGAGGAGGAGGAUGAAGAAUUACAGUCGGAGAAUGAAGAAGUAGAUGUUGUUGGAGCACCAAAACCUAAUGCACGAGACUUGCAACUGAUACAGUCGGACUACAAUGUGUCAGGCACCAGCAUGUUUGGCUUUAAUACACCCAAGAAGCGAGAUGCUAUGGCGUUGGCUGCUCUCAAUGCCACUCCUUGCACUCCAAAGACGCCAAAGACACCGCGAUUGGGAGUCAAAACACCAGACACCAAACGCAAGAAGGCGGAUCAUCCAAAGACACCGUCGCAUGUGCGCACGCGUGUUAAGAAACAAAUUGCCAGAAUUGUCGCUGACUCCGAUGAGGAUUUCUCUGGCGAUGAAAGUGAUUUUCGACCAAGCGACGAACACUCCUCCAGCAGCAGUAGUGACAGUGGCUCUGCCACCUCGGACAACGAUGCCGCUGAUGAUGAACCAAAGACGCCGGCUAAAGCACGUCGCGCUAUUGUCGUUCCUGUUCUGCCCAAGACGCCGUCGGCAGCGCGUCAACGACAAUCAGCACGGGUUAAGCGUUCCAACGAAUAUGUGCCAGAAAGCGAUGGCUACUUUCAUUCGCAUGCCAGCAGCAAGAUACUCACCUCUGAUCAUACGCUGGAUCGCCUAAAGAAUCCCAGACUUGCGGCCGAUCGGCUGUUUAGUCUGCUGGCGGAGAUGAAAACAUCAGCGGAACAUGAAACAGCCAUCAAUGCCAUCAUGGAAGAGUAUCGUUCGUACUUCUCCAAAUGGAUCUGUAUACUCAACGAGGGCUUCAACAUAUUGCUCUAUGGCUUGGGCUCAAAGCGACAGUUGCUGUUAGCGUUUCAUCGUGAAGUGCUGGCCAAUCAAACAGUGCUGGUGAUCAACGGCUUCUUUCCGAGUUUAACGCUUAAAGAUGUACUGGAUAGCAUAACUAGCGAGAUACUGGAUGCAGGCCCAAGUCCAGGCAAUGCUCACGAAGCUGUGGACAUGAUUGAAGAAGAGUUUGCGCUCAUACCCGAAACACAUCUUUAUUUGAUUGUGCAUAAUUUGGAUGGCGCAAUGCUGCGCAAUGUGAAGGCGCAAGCGAUUCUAUCGCGCCUAGCGCGAGUUGCCAAUAUACAUCUAUUGGCCUCCAUCGAUCACAUCAAUACGCCACUGCUUUGGGACCAGAACAAGCUAAGCAACUUUAAUUUCUCGUGGUGGGAUUGCACCACCAUGUUGCCGUAUACGGAUGAAACGGCCUUCGAGAACUCGCUGCUGGUGCAGAACUCUGGUGAACUGGCGCUCUCCUCGAUGCGCAGCGUCUUCUCCUCGCUGACAACGAACUCGCGAGGCAUCUACAUGCUAAUUGUCAAGUUCCAGUUGAAGAACAAGGGCAAUGCGACGUAUCAGGGCAUGCCAUUCAAGGAUUUGUAUUGGAGUUGUCGCGAGGCUUUUCUCGUCAGCUCCGAUUUGGCAUUGCGUGCUCAAUUGACUGAAUUUCUGGAUCACAAAUUGGUCAAGUCGAAGCGAAGUGUCGAUGGUUCGGAGCAGUUAACCAUUCCGAUUGAUGGCGCGUUGUUGCAACAGUUUCUGGAUGAGCAGGAGAAGAAAUAGUCGCUAACGUGUUUAGAACAUAUUAAUUUAUUAUCUAAUUUGUUAAAUACAAUUACAAUUUGCUUUUUAAAAA